GAACAGAAAUCGGGUCUUGGGUCCUAAGAAACGACCCGCCCUUGAUCAUCUUCUUCAUUUCCCUUUACCAGUUCAGAUCUGAGUUCUCCACGAUCGCUCUCAGAUUCACCAUCGUCACCGUCAGAAUAAGAACACAAAUCUUGCAGUAGAUCGAGAAAAAUUGUUCUCACAAUGGUGCUGGUAUCCGCCGCACGGGAUUACAUCAACCGUAUGUUGCAGGACAUUUCUGGCAUGAAGGUCCUCAUCCUCGAUUCGCAGACGGUUAGCAUUGUUAGUGUUGUCUAUUCUCAGUCAGAUCUGCUUCAGAAGGAAGUCUUUUUGGUGGAACUGGUAGAUUCCAUUUCAAAGUCAAGGGAACCCAUGUCACAUCUGAAAGCAAUUUACUUUCUUCGGCCAACAUUAGAGAAUAUUCAGCACAUGCGGCGUCAGCUGGGCAGUCCAAGAUUUGGGGAGUACCAUCUAUUUUUCUCCAACAUACUGAAGGAUACCCAGCUUCAUAUUUUAGCUGACUCGGAUGAACAAGAAAUUGUACAAGAAGUUCAGGAGUUCUAUGCAGAUUUUGUUGCGGUUGACCCUUACCAUUUUACUUUGAAUAUACCUUCCAAUCAUGUGUAUAUGCUGCCAGCAGCGAUAGAUCCUUCAGGCGUGCAGAACUACUGUGAUCGAGUUGUAGAUGGUAUUGCAGCAAUUUUCUUGUCUUUGAAACGGCGGCCUGUUAUUAGAUAUCAGCGGACCUCUGAUAUUGCCAAAAGGAUUGCACAAGAGACAGCGAAGCUGAUGUACCAGCAGGAGAGUGGUCUUUUUGAUUUCAGAAGAACAGAAGUUUCUCCCUUGUUGCUAGUAAUAGAUAGAAGGGAUGACCCUGUUACACCUUUACUGAAUCAGUGGACAUAUCAGGCUAUGGUUCAUGAGUUGAUAGGUAUUCAAGACAAUAAAGUGGACUUGAGAAACAUUGGCAAAAUUUCUAAGGAUCAACAGGAGGUUGUUCUGUCAUCAGAGCAAGAUGCAUUUUUUAAAGGUAAUAUGUAUGAAAAUUUUGGAGAUAUUGGAAUGAACAUCAAGCGCAUGGUGGAUGAUUUUCAGCAAGUUGCAAAAAGUAACCAGAACAUCCAAACAAUAGAAGACAUGGCAAAAUUUGUUGACAAUUACCCAGAAUACAGGAAAAUGCAUGGAAAUGUCUCAAAGCAUGUGUCACUGGUCACAGAAAUGAGCAAGAUAGUUGAAGAGCGAAAACUUAUGUUAGUUUCACAAACAGAACAAGAAUUGGCAUGCAAUGGUGGGCAAGGGGCAGCAUUUGAGGCUGUCACUAAUCUUUUGAACAAUGAAAGUGUCUCUGAUGUUGACCGUCUACGCCUGGUUAUGUUGUAUGCACUGCGCUAUGAGAAGGAGAGCCCUGUUCAACUGAUGCAGCUCUUCAACAAACUGGCUUCUCACUCUCCUGAGUAUAAGCCUGGGGUGAGGGAACUACUCGUCCAAUUCCUAUUAAAGCAAGCCGGUGUUGAUAAACGAACUGGGGAUCUUUUUGGAAACCGAGACCUUUUGAACAUUGCACGUAACAUGGCUCGAGGACUCAAGGGAGUUGAGAAUGUUUACACCCAACACCAGCCCCUUGUAUUCCAAACUAUGGAAAGCAUUAUUAAGGGGAGGUUGAGAGAUGUGGACUACCCAUUUGUUGGAAAUCAUUUUCAGCAGGGCAGGCCACAGGAGGUGGUGAUAUUUAUUGUUGGUGGCACAACCUAUGAGGAGUCACGCUCUGUUGCCCUACAAAAUGCCACCAAUUCUGGAAUUCGUUUCCUACUUGGUGGUUCAGUGAUUCUCAAUUCCAAGAGGUUUUUGAAGGACCUUGAAGAGGCCCAGAGGAUUACUCGGACCAGUACUAGUGUGGUCUGAAGUUCAGAUUCUCCUCCCAGACGCACAUUUUAUUGGAAGAGUGUAGAUAAGUGGAUCUGCCUUUGGGUUUUUCCUCGUGAUUGUCAAUAGUAAUACCCUUUAACAUACUGUGCAUAAGCAGCUUCAGUGCUUAGACCAGCCCAUUUGUUCGGCAUAAAAUGGAGUUCGAAUCAGUUUUUACGACUGAUUGGAACAGGAGAAAAGGGCACAGUUGAUCGAUAAAAGGACUAAAAGCACCGAGUAACUUGAAGGACUGAUGGUACAGGUGAGCCACACAUACUUUAGGCUUUGAUCCUAGGAAAGGAGGAUGGUUCAUGAUUUCAUUUACUUGAAAGACCUCAUUUAUUCUUAUAUAUAAUAGCUCACUGAUAUAUGUUGUUGUAGUUCAUUGUAGAUGAUGAUCUUUUAGAAUGAAAUAGCCAAUACCUAACUCUUGUAAUGGAGAACAUCUUUUGAGCGAGUUUUUAAACAUUGCAUAGAA